UUGAGAGCACAGAGUGCGGGGCCGGAGGAAGGGACUUCGCCAAGAGCAAUGGCUGUCAGCCAGAGUCAAAUGACCACCACGGUUGACUCUAUCCGAAUAAAUGAGCUGAACAUGACGGAAACAAUCGCCGUCACCGGGAGUGACAUGAUGGAUCCAGAAGAAAAGUACAAAAUGAACCACAAGAGGCGAGGACUCGCUUUGAUCUUCAACUUCGAGCGGUUCGACAGUCUCCUGGACCUGCGUGACCGCCAGGGCACCUUUGCAGACCGGGAUAAUCUCUGUCGCAAGUUUCAGGAACUAGGUUUCCAGGUGAUUUGCUACGACAACCUCAAAGCGAAAGAUGUACUGCACAAGAUGUAUGAAGCGUCAAUCGACAGCCACGUCGACGCCGACUGCUUUCUCUGUGUUUUCCUGACCCAUGGCGAAGGCAAUUACCUUUAUGCCUACGAUGCUAUGGUGGAGAUUUCCAUGCUGACGGACUUGUUCAAAGGCGACAAGUGUAGGAGCCUGGUGGGCAAGCCCAAGAUCUUCAUCAUUCAGGCAUGUCGCGGUGACAAGCUCGAAGAGCCUGCCCAGCCCAAGGAGGAGGUGGAUGCGACCCGCCUGCCUGACAGCAAGGAGACCCAGGUGGACGUGGCGUCUGUGUACACGCUUCCUGCCGGGGCCGACUUCCUCAUGUGCUACUCGGUGGCCGAAGGGUAUUUCUCGCACCGGGAUAUUGUUUUCGGCUCGUGGUACAUCCAGGAUCUGUGUGAGGUGCUGGGGAGGUUUGGCACGACCCUGGAGAUCACGGAGCUGCUCACGCUGGUCAACCGGAUGAUGUGUCGGCGCCAAGUGGUCGACAGCAACGUCCAAGGAGCCAAGGGCAAGAAGCAGAUCCCCUGCUUCGCCUCCAUGCUCACCAAGAAGCUGCGCUUCCUGCCCAAGCCCCAGUGAGGGCCACGGCUUCAUCCUUCCAUGUCUGUCUGUGAAAUGACUCCUCAUUUAUCUCUUGCAUACGCGAGGGCCAAUCACAUGGUACAGCAGCUUGAAUCAUG